GUUUAUAAUGUGGCAGAGGACGUGUCGUGUCAGUAUCACAACGCAUCUUGCGAGGAAUACCUACACCCAUCAACAUAAGAACAGCGACAGUGGCUGCAUACGUACCCUUGUUUACGAGCGAUUUUGAAUAAUCGGAGAAAGAGCGAGCGCGACAGAGCGCGAUGGUCGCCCCGCACAACAACGGCCGCCUGACGAGGUCGCUCGUGAGGAUUCCGGGCAGCGGCUCCUGCAGGGCCGCCGGCGCCGUCUACCAGGAUUUCUCCCGCGUGUCCGGCGUGGCCGCCAUGGUGGCUGCUCAGCACCCACCGCCGCAGGCCAUGAUGCAGGCGCAGCACAGGAGCCUGAGCCGUGGUAGCAGUAACAUGGACGCGGCCUUCUUCAGGAAGAUGGCGGCGAACGUGGGCACGCUUCCUGAGGCCGCAGGAGUGGAGAUCGGCGGCACGGAGGCACCGGUGGGCGAGGAGGGAGGCGGCCGACGUCCGCUCAGGAACCCCAGCCGGAGUUGCUUCAAGGCGCCCUGCCGGAGUGGGGGCCGCCCCUCCCAGCGGGCCCACGUCCGCGCAGCCCGCGGGAGACCCAACCCCGUAUGGAACCCAACGCAAGCGCCUUCGGCCCCAGCCCAGCGAGGGAAACGGGGAGGCGGUUGUUCCGCCUCAGGCCAAGGCGCCCAAAGUGGUGUACGUGGCCGUGCCCGUCGUGGGCGGCGCCGGGGCUACUUCACCGACGCCCGGCCGACUGGCAGCCGCCGCCCUUGUGCCGACGCCGAGCGAGGGAGCUGUGGCAGCGGAGGGCGACGACGGGCGGCCGGCGGUGAGGAUGGUCGCGGCGGGGCGCCCCUUCGUGCUCAGCGGCGAGUCCAUGAAGCAGUUGCUGGACGAGAGGAACCAGCUCCUGCAGGAAAACCAGGCCCUGUCGCAGAGGGUGCAGGCCUUCCAGCAGCUCUUCCGGAACAGGAACCGGCUUACCAGUGUGCUGAGGACGCUCGGCCUGACGGUGGUGUGAGGCCUCGAGGGCGAGCCCUGGGGCUCCUUCCGCAGGCGCGUGUCCUGCGUGUCCUCAGGCGAUGUGCAAGAUCUUGUCAACCAAAUAUAGCAAAGCCAACAUACGCUCGAUAUAUCUGAUACGUACAAAGUUGAUGUGUAAAUGUGAGCCCUAAUUAUAUAAGUGUAUAUGUAUAUAUAAUUUAACUGAGUGAUAUUCAUAACCAUAUCAUUAUCAGGAAACCAAACUCAUACAUCAUCUCAUUUACAUUUACAAGAAAGCAAACUAUCAUUUACUUUUUAAAGAAAAGUCAGUGAUCAUCAUAUCGCCUCUAGAAUCAUCACUCAAAAAUAAUUAACGGAAAAUGCCCCGCAAAAGUAAUCAUCAAAAUUCCAAUUAAAACAAAAGAUAUUUAACGAGUCCGUCUUGCACCGAAGAAACAAUAAUAAUGAAAAUCAACGUACUUGUUUUUUUUCCCAAUCAGAAUCUACCACUCGGGCAUUGUGUGAUAUUCUGGGAAACACUUCUGUGUACUAAUAAGAAAUUGCUAACUUAUUUAUAUUUUUGUAAAGAAAUCAAAUAAAAAGUGAAGCCAAUGGAUA